AUGUUCUCUGAGGAACAGUACGAGGACGUCGGGGUGAUACAGUCUGGUUUCAAAGAUUCGAUAAAUUGCAUGCAGUUUAGUCCAGACGGGAAGUGGCUCGCAGCAGGGGGAGACGAUGGGCGUCUCGUCAUAGUGGACAUCCAAUCUGAAGGCUUCUCGGAAGACACCAUCAUGGCGGCGGCACCGGUAACCGCUGUAGCAUGGAACCCGUACCACUGGGACACUCUUUUUGUGGGCUACCCUUUCCCAAGCGGAAGAUACCUUUCGCAGAUGCACGGACCAGUGGAAUGUUUUGAGUACGACACACACGGAACAACCCUGGUAGCUAUCGGGGGUGCAGACAUUGCACUCAUAAAGGACAAGCCGAACGCGAAGUACGACAUCGAUAAAAUAAUACGACUUCCUGCAGACCUGGAGGAAAAGCUCAAUCCGACUGCCCGGGAAGUAUCCCCGUGUUCCGCCCAUUUUGUAGACGACGACAGGGCCCUUAUUGUGACCUUCGUCUAUCACGGCAUCGUUUGCUGGCGCAUCUCGACCUUGGAGGUCCUGUGGCAUUUCAGUCCAGAAACUCGCAUUGGUCGUGCUGCCAUAUCGCCAGACCAGAAGUCGAUUGUUGUUUGCAAUCUCCUCGACGGAUUCGACCGCUACAGGAUCGACCGUGCGAAGAAGGUGCAAAGCUACUCUGUCAAGCACCACAUCAACAUCGCUCUUCCUGUAGCCUUUAUCCACGACGGUGAUGCUUUGCUGUUUGGAAGCGCGUGCGGCACAGCGACUAUUGUGGAUAAAGACGAUGGCUCUCUCAUUCAGUCUCUGACGCAUACCGAUGGAGAAAUCAUACAAGCGAUUGCAUAUAUCAAGAUUGGAGCACGCCAUAUCGUAGCUACCGGAUCUUCCGAACCUGGGAGAGAGAACGUGAUCAGAAUCUGGCUCGCUAAGAAAGACAUCGAUGGCGGUGUAGUCUCGCAUUGUGACGAGGAAGAUCACGUCACUGGAGCCGCCGUCUUCGCAGAAACUCAAUCGGUCGACGAACCUGGGAAACAGAACAUGAUUCCUUCGCCCGCCGUUCAGAUGGACAACCCUUCUGAUCAGUCUCUUGACAGUCAUUCGGAAAGCAGGCAUUUGUUCGAUACAACGCCCUUUACCAAUCGUCACGGCUACGCUCAGCAACAAGAUCGCGGUCUGGAUGCUCAAGACGCAGAUUGCUCUUCGUUUACCCCUGCUCAGAAGCCAGAGAGCUCAGGUGUACCCAGGCUGUCUGGAGCGUCCGUAAUGUCCAGAAGGUAUAUUGCUUGGGCCGUCUUCGCUGCCGUCGUCGCCUUGCUCAUUUGGGACUUCCGUGAUAUGCUAUUCCCGACGCUUCAUCCUGCUACGAUCUCAGACGGUAUCGACUCUGAUGAUAGGCCAAAAUCCUACAUUAGACGAUCGGCUUGGGCGCUCGUUCGUAUGGUCUUCAAAGCUUUCCCUGAGUUGCUGAACUACAUUAAGGAUCUCGUAUACUAUGUUGAUAGAGCGCGACCACCCCCGCCCUCGAGCUCGAACGCUACGUCCCGCGCAUUCUCGCGCGCCUGGUCCUUCGUCAGCACCAUCUCGCAGCUCGCUCCCUUCCGCAGCCCCGCGUUCCUCCACCACAGCAUGUCGCCCACCAUUCACGAGAACAAGGAGGUCCUCGAGGACUCCAUAUCCGAGGAGAGUGAGGACGCCGAAAAGAUGAUCCUCCAGAAAAAGCACCAGCUCGAGGCGCGACGGUUCGAGGCCAUCGUCAUCGACCGCUUGGUCCACACCCUCCCUAGGGUCAAGCGAUUCAUGGACUCCAUUCCCAAUGGCCGCUACGCCGUCGCCAUUUCUGCGCCUGAAGGCCACGAAGGCGGCCCUCGAUCUGCAAAGGAGCUUGGGUCGGAGGUGACGCGUUGCGUCGUCUUCGAGGAUUCGCCUCCGGACAUCAAGGCAUGCGUCGCCUCGGGCGCGACGAUCAUUGCCGUCUGCACCUCGCACGAGUGCUCGAAGAUCGAGAACUGCGGCGCACUACCUCGUCGACAACAUGGAGCAGAUCCAGAUUACCGCCGAAGGGGAGUGCGCGGACACGCGCCUCCGAAGUCCACGAUCAAUCCCAAGUCGCAGACGCACGAGCAGCACAUGUACCUCACGUAG